AUGGGAGAAAGCCCUCCCAUUCUGUUUUUUGGAAGCAAGGACGUGUUUCUCACUACAUUGCUGGGCAAACAUUUGUCCAAUGUGCGGGGGCUUUUGUAUUGGCUUGCCAGGAACUGCUGCUCCUGUGUCACGGUCCACCCCAAUGUGAACCAGGUGGUGGUCGGCACCAGACGAGCUUUCACGUUCGACUUGGUGUACGAGACAGACGCUAGCCAGCUGAAAGUCUAUGAUGGCUGUGUGUCCCAGUUGCUGGAGGGCUGCAUGCAAGGCUACAAUGCGACGGUCCUUGCUUAUGGGCAGACAGGCAGCGGAAAGACUCACACCAUGGGCACUGGACCGGCUGUGGGAGAAGGAACCGAUGAGGAGGGCAUUGUGCCAAAGGUGAUCCGGAAUAGUUUCCAACACAUCGAGAUGCACAAGGAACACAUUGACUUCAAGGUCUCGGGCAUCCACGCGGAGGUGUGCCGCUCCGCGGAGGAGAUGUUCCGGUGCCUGAGCGAUGGCUCGGUGCAGCGGACCACGGGCGCCACCUUGAUGAACGAGCAGAGUUCCAGGUCGCAUUCCAUCUUUACGCUCAUCCUGGAACAGCGGAACCGCCUGAAGUGCGAUCUCGGAGACGGAUGCAUUGAGGACUACUAUGUGACUGCCAAGUUUCAUCUCGUCGACUUGGCUGGCUCGGAGCGUGCCAAGCGUACUGGCGCAGUGGGCAGUCGCUUCAAGGAGAGUGUGUCAAUCAACUCCGGGUUGUUGGCCCUGGGAAACGUCAUUUCCGCCCUGGGGGAUCCUGCCAAGCGAGGCAGCCAUGUGCCAUACCGGGAGUCCAAGUUGACCAGGCUCCUGCAAGAUAGUUUGGGAGGAAACUCUCGCACUGUGAUGAUCGCCUGCGUCAGCUGUGCAGAUAUUGACUUUGAGGAAACCCUCAACACCCUGAAGUAUGCCCAUCGAGCCCGGAACAUCAAGAACAAGCCAGUCAUCAAUCACGACCCCAAGCAGGCACAACUGGCGGCCAUGCAGGACGAGAUCGAGGCCCUGCGGGAGCAGCUCCAGCGGGCCAACGGCACCAACGGCUGCGCCCCGGAGAUCAUCGAGCUUGCGGCGAAAUUGGAGGCGGCAGAACAGCGUGCUGCGGAGCUGGCUGAGCGCGCAGAGGAGAGUGAAGGAGGAGCUUUCCAUCGAUCGCUGGCGGAUUUGCAUCUCGGUGGAUGGAAUGGCGUCAUCGGUCCACCGGGCAAGACCAGGGGCGGUGAAAGGUACACAGCAGUGUGCAAUCAACUGCCGGCCAUUUGGCAGGGCGAGACGGGGCGGCCCGCGCUGGGCGCCCUGUGUGAGGCCCUCUCCCAGGCGCAGCGGCUCCUGCUCAGUGGCCUGGCUCCUGCGGUGCCGGUGCGGGUGGUGCAGCAGUCCUGUGAAGCAGACUCCGCUGAGCAAUGUGAUGUGAGUCAGCUGCCGCUGCCGCCAUACCACCUGGCCACGAAACGGGUGUCUUGCGACCAGGACCGUGCGCCGGAGCUUACGGCUGCUGCUGAGCUGGGUAACGGCCUGCCCUUGUUGUCCAGCACGGCUCCAGUCUUGGGAGAGCCCAACAAGCUUCAGUCCCUCACCGAGAUGCGGAAGGACUCCACCAUCCUGAUCCGAAAGUACCUGGAGCAGAUCAGCCAACUGGAGACUGACCUGGGACAGUUUAAGCGGCAAAACAAGGAGCUCCAUAAUCAGCUGAAAGAGGCCAGGGAUGAUCUCCAGAAGGACGAGGAGAUUUUUGAGGAGAAGAUGAAGGAAAUGAAGGACUCUCUGACUGACUAUGUUUUGCUACGGCCGCUAGGGGAGUUGAAGGAGAGGAACGCCGUUUUGGAGGAGAUGAUGAAGGAGAAACUGACCAGCUCAUCACCCCAAAAGGAGACCCUAAAGGAGGGCCCCAGCGUCUUCGCCAUACAGCUCAGCGAUGAACUGGAUGCUCAAGAGGAGAUGGCUCGCGGGGAGCCUGAAGAAGAAGAAGCCAAGCCACAAGACUUGGAGGACCUCGAAAAUCGAUUGCACUUGGGAGUGAAGAGUGACACUCGUGCAUCACAACAAAACCUCAGCGAGCAACUGCAGUCCUUGGAGCAACAUGUCUUGCUGAAGGAGGAGCUCAUCACCGAGCUCACAAGGAGCGAGCAAGAGUGGGGCCUGGCACGAAAGCAAUACCAGGCCCGGAUGGAGCAGCUGCAGCUCGAGCUCGAGGAUACUCAACGCCAAUUGGACUUGGUCAAGGGUUGGCCAAUCCAGGUGAGGCUGCAGGAGUCAGAAAAGCUGGAAGAACAAGCGAGGCAGGUGAACGAAGAGGAGAAGCGACGGCUGGAGAGGCAAGUGUCGGAGCAGGUGGAGGCUCUGAAGCGAAAGCAGCAAGAGUACGCCCGCUUGAAGGAACUGCGACACAAUGAGCGAAAGAGGGUGAAGGAUUUGGAGGUGGAAGUGACACAGAUGCGACAAAGCCAAGCAGAGUUGGACCGCAGGCUCCAGGCUGAGCGCAGAAGAGAGGCGCAGCAGAUCCAGGAUCUCCGUCGGCGCUUGACUCGCGAAGGGCAGAAGGUGAAAGACUUGGAGGCCUGGCGAGCUCGGCAAACGAUGGCGCAGACCGCCCACUCUGUGGGAGAGGGAGCGAAGGUGGUUCAGAAACCCAGCGCCCGAGUCCCCUCCGUCGGUGCCCGGAAGACCUCCGAGCGCGAGCCCCGGGAGCCCCGGGAGCCCCGCGAGCGCCGCGGCUACACCAGCUCUGAGUGUGGCGAGCGAGGUGAGCUUGACGUCUACUCUGAAUCCACCGUGUUUGCAUACGAAAUCCGUGCGACAUGUGCGACCCAAGUGCUACAGAAGACCAUGCUGAAACUGAAUCUGCAAGACUGUUCCUACGCCGUGAGGAAGAUUGCUGCAAAGGACCAGGCAGAGCAGCAGGAGGAGCAGACGGAGCUCCAGCGCAACGUGCAACGGAAGCGGUCGGAAGGACUCAGCAUUUUGCACGAUAUUGACGAGCGCUUGGAGGGCCUGCAGGAUGAGCUGGAUUUCAGAGAUGCACGAAUUGCCAAGGCUCAGCAAUACCUCAAGUCCACGGCCGGGACGGGGCCUGGGUCGCUGGACGCUGAGCUGGAGCGGAUCCCCGCGGAAGAUGGCAAGGAGCUCCUGAGACGCCUCUUGGAGUGGCCAGACGACGCGCUCGCGCGGAAGGGUGAGGUGCGCUCGCGCGGAGGUUACUGCGAGAAGCUGGUGAAGCUGCGACAGAGGGAGAAGCAGCACCCUGAGGUGCGCAUCCUCAAGUGCGGGCAGGGCAUCUACGACGUGCAAGGCCGGAGGAUCAAGCUGGAGACUCGCUCCUGGAGUCUGGAUCCCUUGGUGGUUGAUGGGCCCUUGCGACAGCCUUUGAGCGACUACAUCGCUGGAUCGAGCCGAAACGAAUCAUGGGAACCUCCCUUGGUGCAGUCUGCCCUGCAUGCCUUGCCACAGGCUCGCCGUGUCUCCUUUGAAGAGCUCUAUCCUCAAAAUCGCACGGAUGCCAUGCGGCUAGCAGUGCUUGAAGCGAAUGCCAGAGAGAGGCAUGCCAAAGAGCAGCUCUCUAGAUCACCUUCCCCUGAUCGACGCCACGUCUCCCGCCCUUUGUCCCGGAGCUCCAGCAGGGAUCACCGCAGCAGCCGCUCACCCCUCUCACGCUCACCUGCACCCAUGUUCCGGCCGGUGGGGCAGCCCUUCUUCCCGGUGCCCGUGAUCUUCGGGACCGCGCCACGGGCGGCCGGCGCCACGCCGUUGGCGGCACAGGUGGUGCCAAAGGUAGCACCGCAAGUGGCGCAGGUGGUGCCACAAGUGGCGCAAAUGCCGAUGGUUCAUGUGGUGGGACGUGGGAAGGAGAAAGUCCGUCAACGUUCUGUUUCCCCUAGCCCGGGAGUGAGAGGUCCGGUGCCAGUGCCUGGGCGCAUGGGACUGGCGGAGUUGAAGGAGGCUUUUCGGCAGCUCAAGCAGAACACCGCCACCAUGAAGCACCAGCUGCACGCACUUCAAGCUCGUGCCAUCGAAGAGCUCACGAAGGGCGACGGUGAAAUCACCCAGGUACCAUCCAGUGAGCCGUUGGUAGAUGAAGGAAGGAGGCUUCCGGGGUCACCUAGUGCCUUCCCGGAGAGCUUUGAUCCACAUCUGGCGGGAGAAAAGCCGAAGGUUGUGGCUCGGGUCAUCAGGCACUGGCAGCGGCUCGAGGCAGCAGAGGCUCAGUUGGCGGAGCGGGCGCAACAGGUCAAGGAACUGCAGCAGGUGCUACGACGACAGGAUUCGAACGCCACCAAGGCAAUAGCCAAGGUGACCAAGGAGUACGAGAGCCGCAUCCGAUCGUCAGCUGUCGGCAGCUUGGCGGCACUGGGCUUGCAAGUUGCCAAAGCAAGUCCAGCGAUGUCGACGGAUGAUGCCCAGCAGAGCAUGGGGGGGUCCGGCGCGGGCACCGACACGGCUCCACCUGACGAGCCAAGUGUCACGUCGGGCGACGCAGAGGAUCGCUUCCAAACUCUUUGGGCCGAGCUGGCGAAGGUCCAUGUCGAGGAGGUCGAGCAGUUACGUGCCGAAGUGGCACACCUGCGCUUCGCCGGCUUGGACGCCCGCACGCGGGGCGAUGCCAGCGAUGCCAACGACGUGAAGGAGGAGGUGGACGACGCCCGUGAACAAUGCCUGCGGCGAGAAUUCUGUAGAGCUGAGGAUGAGGACAUCGGGGAGUGGCCCGUUGUGGGACGAAGGGGUGAAGGUGGUGAAGAGUGA